AUGACCUCGAAUCACAGCCAAGGGCUCGCCUUCCGACCUUACAAAAGACUGCCUGCCGAGUUGCAAAUCCAGAUAACCAAAGAAGCUCUUGAUGACCUCGCCAAGCCCCUCGCAUCAUACUCGACAGUCGACCGCGUAUGGCAGGAUAUCAUCGAAGAACGAAGCUUUGCUGCGCUAUAUGUCCGUCAUGACGAUAUUUCCGAGUUUGGGCGGAUUUGCGUUGGGCGACGGACAAGGCUCGUGUCAAAGAUCAGACUCUAUAUCAGAGAGGAAAGUGCCGAGCAUUUCGGCCCGGCAUCCCAGCCCUGGAACGAUUCAAUAACCGUCGAGGAACUUGAUGCCAGCAGUGUAAAGGUUGCCGCAGGAAGGGCUGUUGAACAGGCUUUCAGGAAGAUGUUCGAGAUCAUGACAGGCUGGACCACCGACCGCUCGAGGGCCGUUGUAAUGACCUACGAUCUGUCCAUUCCUUGGCUUUAUAGCCUACCCCAUGAGGGAGGUUUGAUAAAAGCUGACUUCACCGGUCUCGCUCCUGUGCCUGUUAUCGGCUCGAUUUAUAAUGCUUACGACAGGACUGACAUCCACCCGGUGUCAAUGGUGCAGCUUCUUGGAUUCUUACCCAACGUUCAGUAUUCUAUGCUCACUCUUGGUUCACGCAUCAAUGGCAGCGCAUUUCAUCGUGGAAUAGCAGAAGCAUCUGUGUCGUCGCUGGACCUCAAGCCUCUCCAUUUAACCUCCCUCAAGGCCAGAGACUGCUGCAUGUCCGCCGAAAUGGAGAUAGGUGACACAUUGAUUAAGUUACGGCCACUGAGUAUCUCUAUACUCAACCUGACAGCGCAUUUGACACAACUGGAGCUUGAUCGGGUUGUGGAUGUGACAUACUUCCUCGGAACAGCAUGGAAAGCCACCCAAUCCGCCCCAGCGACCACACCACGGUGGCCAAACCUACAACAUUUGUGUCUAUCUGGAUAUUUCGACGAAGACCCGUUCGCGAAUCGCGAUCCAGUGGAUGGCCUCUUCAGCUCAGUAACCGCCGCACUCCACCAAAUGCCAAAAAUUAGACUUCUGUCCAUCAACAUGGACUUCUACUAUUUUUGCCCAUCAGAUGACAUGGAUACCGACUUAGGUGAAGAUUUCGGUUGGAGGACGUGCAAGGGGUCAUCAUUCCUGACAUUGCAGCUCCCUUCGACCAGACGCGGAUCUAUUCAGAUGUACGCCUUUGCUCCGAAUCAGGAUGUGAUCGAUGAGUGGCUUGAAAUCGCACGAUGCCGUGGGAAUCCCCCCAUGGAAGUGCACGGGCCUCUCAAUGAUGAAUAUUUAGACAUCCUGUACUGGUCAGGAUGA